CAAACACAUCGGGGAUAGUUCGCUUUUUUUCUCCCUUUUGUUGGUCACCUGAGAUUAGUUCAAAGGCGAAAUCGAGUGUCGGAAAAUCCAAAUUAAAGAUGUCUACUGACGUGAAGCAGAGAAAAAAGGCGAAGAAACAAGGCGCUUCUGAACUGACGGAAGCUUCGUCCACGACCUGCAAACAUGAAGCUGUGAAGACGGAGGAAGUCCUCAACUCCAGACCAAAGAAAAGCUCCUCGGCUGCUCGCGAUAUUAAAAGUUUCAUUUGCGCUUUCCUGUUUGCAGUCUGCGGGGCUUUGAGCUGGGUGGUGCUGCAGCAGAAUGAGAGGUUUUCUCAAAUGGAAGAAAAGUUCAAGUUUCUUCAUGAGAAAACGUCCAGCCUCUUGACCAUGGAGGAGGAGAUCAUCAAAGUUUCUGAAAAGCUUGCUGCCUCCGAAGAUGACCUUCACGAUGCCCUGUCCACCGUCUCCAUGGCAACCAGACUUCAACAGGACAUCGCCGGACUCCACGCCACUGUCAUGGCCAUGCAGGCGGACAAAAACUCCGCCUCCCGAGACCUGCAAGCCGUCAACGCCCACUUCCUCAACGUGACGGAGACCUGGCAGGAGAAGCUGGCUGCCGUCACCUCCGACCUGUCCGCCCUCAAAGCCGAGUCGCGGGAGUCCCACGCCGCGGCGACCGAGCGGGUGAACGAGGCUGAGCGGAGAGCCCGGUUGCUGUCAGAAAAGCUGAAGGAGCUGGAAGACAGCACGAAGAGGAACAGCCGCGCUCUGGAGCGCACCGAGGAGGAGGACGUCAACCGAGCGCAAGCUCAGCUGGACUGGAACACCAAGCAGGUUCACAAACUGGAGGAGCAGAUCCUCAGUCUGACCAAGAGGGAGGCUGAGCUCAGCUCACAGCUGGAGGAGCACAUCCCGCGGGCGCAGGAGUGUGAAAAACACCUGCCGCAGGUAGAAGAGGCUGUGCGCUCCAUCCUGAAGCUGAGCGGGGAUCUGAGCGGAGCCGAGAAGAGGCUGGAAGAAGUGACCCUGCAGGUGUUCGGGGCCGAGGACAGCAUGCUGAAAGCUCUGAAUGAAAUCCUGCAGAUCCGACAAGAGCUGGACUCGCUGCACGCUCAGAACAGCAUUCUGAAGAUGAAAAAUGAGCUGUCUGUUAUCAAAGAGGCUGUCCGUGAACUCACCACGGUGCUGAGAGAAAGUAGGGCUGAGAGUCGAGGGAGUUCUGAGACAUUAGAUGUAGAAGAAUGGGAGGAUGAAGAGGAGGAGUGGCAGGAAGAAGACUUAAAGCAAACGACCGAACCCCCUUCUGAUUAAAUAUUUUCAGUUGCUCUUAUAUAAAAGUAUUAAAAAAUGUUUUUUCUUUAAUUUGUAACUCAGAAAAACUUAGUUCGUUUUUGCACUGAUUCUUUUUUACAAGAAUUUUAAUUUAAAAAAAUGUCUAAAAUAUGAUGCAGAUGCAAAAAAAAUCAUGUUUUUCAGGUUAUUUUGAUGAAUUCAUUUUUAUUUGAAUCCAUGUUUAUUUGUUUUUUAGAUUAAAAUAAAGAGAAAAAAUCA